UGUUUGUCGACCGCCAAUCAGAAACAAGAAGAAGAAGGAAAGCCUAUUAGCGUUCACGUUAACAUCAUAAACCCGGAAAUGAAAAGCUCAACGUAAAAAGAGCGCCUCAAUCAUAAGUGGAGACGUUACAUGUGUAUCCGUCACCCUAUUGUUACCAUGAAUUGCAACCCUGGUCCACAGAGCAGUAUUCAGCAGCAGAGGGAACACUGGAAUAGAAACCACAGUACAUCAGCCAGAAAAUUGGUGCAGACUGAACAACUAUACAACCAUCAGCUUCAGCAGAUCAUCACUUACUUUGUGGAUAUCCUGAAUGCCAAAGGAACCCUGAAGCAGGGCAUAAGAGAAAGCAUCUUUAGUUCAAUCAAAGAAAUUCAUUCCAUAAACCAGGUUCUUUUGGUCCAUUUGGAGAGUGGCUGCAUUGGCAGAGGCUUUGAUCUGUUCUGUCCCAACCUGCAAUACUACAACACAUAUGUGGACAACAUCUAUAAUGCCAGUAAAGUACUCAGGAUACAACUGAAGAAAAACAAAGCCUUCAGACGUUUUAAGAAACUGCAAGAAACCCGAUCAGAGUUCAACAACCAUAAACUUGAGGAAUUACUUCAACUUCCCGUUCAGAGAAUUGAUCAAUACAAACAUUUCCUACAAAAUCUUAUUGCCAACAUAAGUCCAGACAAUCCUGAGUUUCAACCGCUUUCAAGGGCGCUGAAUGUGGUGUGCACUGUGUCCCAGCGCAUUGAGAACAAUACCCGCUGCUAUGAGAACCACCUACAGCUUUGUAGAGUGCAGAAACUGCUCAAAGGACAACAAAUGAAGGUGUUGGCUGCAGGGCGGUGGUACAUCCGUGAGGGCUGGCUGAAGGUGGUUCCUCCUAAAGGGGCACAGACAAAGCCCAUGAUGUUCUUCCUGUUUUCUGACAUGCUGCUGCAGGCCAAGCGCUGCAGCCCACUGUAUCCUACUAAUGGAAAUAAGUUUGUCGGCCAACAUGCCUACCCCCUGCAGGACUGCACAGUGGAGAAGGUAUUCGGCCACACAAAAAGCCAGGGAGGCUUACUCAGUUUAUCCUUUCCUAAAGCCAAACUUCUAUUGAUGUCCAGUAACCAAGUGGAUCUUAAUGAAUGGUACAAAAGCCUGACAUCAGCAAUCAGGAAAUUGCAUUCUACACAGACAGUGGUCCAUCAAAGAGAUGAGUUUUGCCCGAGAACUCUCCGUGAAGCUCCUGAGAACAAUAGCACCAGCAAUAGUACCACCACAACCGCCAUCCCUCAAAGAAAUAGAAACUUGGGGAGCAGUGAGAAUGAUGUUAAAGUCCACAAGUCUUCAGUUGAGUGUAAGAGCAGCGCCCCCAAGAGGAUGAAGCAAUCUCAAACUCCAGAACAGAGCAGGGUGGAUACAUUCUCAUUUGGUUGUGUGAUCCUCUGAUGGACUACCUUUCUACUAUAGACCCAAACAGGAUGGAUUCAGUUCAAACUGUGGAUUUCACUUCAGGAUGUUUUGAGUUUCAUUUGAUUUGGCAAAGUCUCUUCUGAAAAUUAUACUUUUUAAUAAGUAAACACAAAGUCAGGAGCAGUUUGGCUUUAUCCUAACAUCUUUAGCUUUUGAUCCUUCUGUGCAGUAAAAACUAUUCUGAGCAAAUAUCUGAACGUUUAACCAUCAACCAAAGAUUAAUGAAUGUGGUUCAACAAGCCUUAUAAAGUGGAGUUAAUCUCUAGAAGUGCAUCUUGCCCAGUCAGGACAAGUAGGAAGCCCUUCUGGAUUUAUGCAUGGACCUAUUUGAUGGAGAGGUAAUUAUGUUGCCUUCACUUGCUACUAAUCUAAUAUCUGAAAUUUGUGUGCAUUGCUCACAUCCAUGUUGCAAUGUUAUAGUGAUGUCAUGUGGUUUAGUGCAAAUACCAUGUCUGAAAAUAUCUGUAAUAUAAAUAUAUUGACGGAAUGGUCCUCACUAGGUACAAACAAAGAAACAAUCAGUGUUGCAGUAAUUCACUGCAAAGUAGAAACCUAUUUUAAAAUAGCUAUUUAAAAAAGGGUAACGUCUAAUAUUUCGUAAUAAGUUCACUAGUUUUCAUAGGUUGCAAGCUCAUUUUACUGUGAUAUAAUUUGUUAUUUAUAUCACAUCAUGCAUUUUAUUUUUGUAUUAUUUCUUAUUCAUAUUACACUGUGAAUUUUAUUUUGGUAUUGUUUCUUAUUCAUAUCACACCAUCUUUCCUUUACUGAACAGUUGAAUCACAUGCCUGCACAUUUUCUGCAUAGUACUUCACAUAUUUUACUAAUAAUAUUAUACUUUUUGAAUUUUUAAUAUUCUAUUGUAUACCUCCUAAGAUAAAUGAAUGCCUUUACACUGAUCAUAAAGGGACAUAGGUAAUAGAAAUAUGUAUAAACAUGAAUCGAUCAAAGCAAGUCAUUGCAUGUAUUUUACAGCUGCCAGUAGUUUCACAUGUCAGAAAUUUAUAUACAUACAUAAUAAUCGAUGGUAGUUUUAAAACUGUAUGUCUGUAAAAACAGCUUCUCAUUUUUACAACUCUUUAUUAAAUAUUACACAUGAA